AUGAGAGCACCUGCAGAAGCUGGUCAGUCUGUUGCGUUCAGCACUUGCUACAGCUCUGAACUACGCACUAUCAAGGAUCGCAAACGUCGUCGUUUUGAUAUGGGUGCCAUCCCUAGUCAUCCGUCACAGCCACUACCACAAAUGCACAUGUCGGAGAGCCUCCCAAGUCAAGAAGAGAGUAUGUUGAAAACUAUCAUGAGACUUCGUGGCUUGGACAUCUCCCAAGAAAGCGUCUUCGACUUCGAACCACCUGAAGGGUCCCGACCGUGGCCAAGCGCACACUACGGACCAGACUCGCCACAUCUGCAAUUCGCCAAAGCUACGAAGUCUAGCAAGAACAAACACCAGACCACUCCAGCGAAACCAGCUCGGCCAGCCAAAGCUCGCAAACCUAAAGCCUCGAAGCUGGUGCUGAAGAAAGCGAUACCAGCACCAUCCAAAGACCAUGGUCCACUACCGGAACGAGCCAUACCACUCCACCUGUUUACGCUCCCUUCCGAAUUACGCAAUAGGAUCUACGAGCUGAUAUCAGUCCUGGAAGAACCCAUUUCACCCUCCAUCCGACCAAUCUGGGUCACUCAAGGCCGCCGGAAGCGGCUCGAACAACGCUCAUAUCCUCGAGAACCAGCGGCAGCCAUAGCAAGCAAGCAGAUGCGAAAAGAGCUGCUCUCCAUCUUCUAUGCCUCCAACCGCUUCACCUUCCAACAAAGCGAUCAUAAUUUGCUAGUGAAGCACUCCAUGGCCUCCCUCGCGAACCAAAAAAUAUGGGUGGCCAACCGUCCAGACUCAAAGCACAUCCGCGACAUCGAGCUGCGAACCCCAGUCGAAGGACUGCUGGAGACGAGAUUAGACUACACUUUCCACCGGCGCGUCGACGGCACAGUCAAGAUCACGAAGAAAUUCCAUCUGGGCUUCGACGAAUACUGUGAUUGUCUCGAGCAGGGCGCCAUUGAAGACGCCAAAACCGCUAUCUCGGAGAAAGUGCUGGCGUACCAUUCCGCACCGGAAGAAGACAAGGUUUGGGAUGUGAGUGCCAUGGAUGUCAUGCUGCUGGUGGGGGAGAAGCGGAGGGAGAAGUUGAAGGCUAUUGCUACGGCGGAGAAAGGGCCGGAGGGCAUGUGGCGGCUACCUGCGGGUAAGUGUGCGAAGUGUGGGACUGUGGGGUUGACGCUCGUCCAUGGAUAA